AUCGGGCUUGGUAAACAUUCUCUGUAUUUACUAUCGAUAAGGCUGCAUUGGAACAGAUCUCGUACUGCCAUACCAGUACGAACCAUACUGCCCAACACCGACGGAUACAAUCAUAUAAACAGGAAGCGGAAACACAGUCACAGGCUGUUUUCUCGUCCCAUUCGUGGAACUAAGCGUUCCUACCAUCAGCUGCAAGGAGUGUCACGCUGUAAUCUAACAUUGCUCCUUGAUCCCAUUUCCCAGUAUGUUGACAUCCUGUUGGAAUCACUAAGCGGUGAAUCACGAUGGCAGAAGACGACCAACUGCAAACCACCCGUCAGAAGCUUUGCGCUAUACUGAAAGCUGCAAGCGCAAAGCCACCGUGCUACGGAGGAAUCUUUUGGGAUAAUGUCAAGUUCAACGGGAGCUUAAAAGUUACUCUCGGCGAAGAGAAGGAUUUAAAGGCGCUGUGGACGAAAUGGACCGACGACGGCUCACCCAAUGUGGCGUGCAUCCCGCCGGAAGGCGUUGCAGCUUUACCGGAAUUAGCCGACGACACCAGCAAAGUUGAUGCGUGGGCGCUCGGCUGCUUGGCCAUUCAGCUUAUCAACUUUGGUCGACCACUAACACUACUGCGGGACGGGCGGCUCAAACGCGGUGUCCAAUAUUUGCCACUGAAAAAAUCUCUGCUACCGGAGCUGAAGGCAUUAUAUAAAGACGCCGGUAAGCAAAAAGGACUCGUUAUCGGGCCGGAGAUCAGUCUAGUGGGAACAAUUCCAUGCGCAUGCGAGGACUUUCUUGGCCACUGCUUGGAGCUGAAUCCAGAGAAGCGAUGGAGUUUAGAGCAGCUGAGCGAUCACCCGUUCCUAGAUCUUACGAAAUCAUGAGAGGCCCUGUUUGCCAUGGAUGCAACGCAUUACCACCAGACGUUGCCCUUUAAAGAGCCAGUUAUUAUAACUAACACUCAAAACCAUCCGUUUCUUAGAAGCAAUGAUACGCAUAUGCCCCAUGAGCAGGGCGAAAUGAGAUAUCAAGAUUCUCCUAACCGUGAACCGAUAUAUGUGGAUAUCUGGCGCUUUCGAGUAGAACGCACUGAAGCGAGAGACACGAAGGCGGAGCGUGAUUUGCUGACAAAAUCCUUUGGUAAAGUAAUUGAUGCACUGGAUAUGGAAGCCAGUGCAGAUGAGCAAACACGGAAAUGGGCCGAAGUUUACAAGAUACGUGCACUGCAGGAAGGGAAUAACAAUAUUGUCAAGCAUUACGGGUGUGAUUUUCUGUAUGAACAAAAUGCCCGGUUGCCGGUGGAAUUUCAAGUUAUUACAGAGCACUGUCCAGGAGGCUCACUGAAGGGCGUUGCUGGCCUUCGACUGCCUGUUCGUUUUGUCGCCAAAUUCGUACACGAACUGCUUCAAGGACUGGGUUACCUGCAUGCUCACCGCAUCGUUCAUCGUAACCUUGACAGCGGCGUCAUCUUCUUCAGUAAAACGGGAUUCACGGGUACCAUCAAAAUCGGCGGUUUCCAGCAUAUGCGGCAGUUGGGAGCUGAUCUGACUGAGCAACAUGAACUCACCGCUCGACCAGGUGAGGAUGGACGGUUUGCGGCACCGGAAAUGGUUAGUUUCGAAAAAGAAGGUCCACACGUGGGUAGAAAAUGUGACAUUUGGAGUCUGGGAUGCGUCCUACUGCAUCUGAUUACCGGCGCGCCACCGCUCUAUACAGGCGCAAAAAAUGACCCCGUGAUAUUGGAAAUGGCGGUUCUAUAUCAUCUGAACAGCGCGAACAGGAAGCUGCCUCGUAUUUACGAUUGGAUACCGUCAAAUAUCCAGGAAUUCAUUACAACCUGCUUGCAGUUUGAUCCUCUGGAGCGACCAUCUGCGGCCAAGCUUCUUCAGGAUAUGGAAAGCGGAAGUCUGCCGAUAACUGGACCGGAUACUGCCGAAUAUCUUGCUAAUCGUAGGGGUGGGCACCUUCGCGGUGAUGUCGCGGAGUACUGGAGCAACUACGCUUGAUAAAUGCACCUUUUUUGUUUUUUGCUCAUUUUGUUUGCACAAUGUUUGUCAGUACAAAAAUUAUGCCAACCGCUUUCAUACGAAUGUGAUGUCUGCUGCAUUUUUUAGGUUUUAGAAGUCAUCGAUCGCCAUUAUAAUCUGUCAGCGAAAAUUUGUCCAAAAGCAGAAUUAUCAACGCAACAGCCUUUCGUGAGGUUUCGUAUCAUUUUCGCGUGAUACCCAAAUAAAACGCACUUUUCGUA